CGCUUGAUCAAUACUUAUUAUUGAGAUAUCAGCCUUACAGCGCAGCUCUCCUCAGACUUAACACUUGUGCUUUUUGAAUAUCAGAUUGCUAUCUUUAACUCAUCUACCUAAGCUUAUCUUACAGGAUGAUGGACAAAUACCUCAACAAAGCCAAGUCCAAGCUCAACAAGUUGGUGGACGAGCUGAAAGACAACAGUGCCAACAGCCAUGGCUUUCCGGUGCAUGCCCCAGGCCACAACAAGCAUCAGCAUCAGCACGAGCAUCAGCACGAGCAUCAACAUGAGCAUCAGCACAAGCAGACACCCAUAACGUCGCACGAAGAUCAGCCGUCUGCAGUGCAACCACCAACCCCGCUUGACGUUCUUCGCUACCGGUACCACCACGGUUGCAACCUCGGGGCCGUCUACGUGCUGGAAAAAUGGCUCUUCCCCUCCAUGUUCCCGGAGGGCUGCCCGGAUAAUAAGAGCAGCGAGCUGGCGGCCGUCAAGGCCAGUGUUCAGGCGAUUGGUAUCGAGGAGACGCAGAGGAAGUUUGAGGUGCAUUGGGCAAAUGCAUUGACGGACAAGGAUCUGGAUUGGUUGGCCGAGGUUGCACAUUGCACAACGAUCCGCCUCCCGAUCGGUUAUUUCACGCUGGGCGAGCAGUUCAGCGAAAACACGCCCUUCGAGCCCUACGCCAGCGUGUACCAGAACUGCUGGGCGUCAGUGAAGCAGCUGACGCAGCGGGCGCGGGCGCGGGGCAUCGGUACCCUCGUCGACUUUCACGGCCUCCCCGGCGGGGCCAACAAGUGCGACCACAGCGGCACCAACUCCGGCGAGGCCGAGCACUGGUGCUCGACGCACUGCCGCAACCUCAGCCAGCGGUGUCUCGAGUUCAUCGCGCGCGAGAUCAGCGACUCUUGCCACGGCAGCAAGGGCGACUGCGACGGCGAGGGAGAGGGCGCCCAGUUGGGCUUCGGUGAUGGCGUUGCUGGCCUCCAGGUCUGCAAUGAGGCCGAGUGGGAGGCGCAGGGCCUCUACGAGUGGUACGAGGCUGUCGUCGCCGCCAUCCAUGCCAUAGACAACAGCAUCCCCGUCUACGUCUCCGACGCCUGGAACCUCGAGAAGUGCGCGGCGUGGUGUGCGCGCCGGAACAGCGUGUUCGUCAGCACGGCGCCCGCGCCUGUCGUCGUCGAUACGCAUCUGUACUGGGCGUUUUCGGAGCAGGACAAGCAGAAGAGCCCGCGGGGGAUUGCGGCCGAGGCGCGAGGGAAACUGGGCCAGCUCGACGCCCAUGAGGGCAAUGUGCUGAAGAAGGGCGCGGUCGCCGCCAUUGUCGGAGAGUACAGCUGCGUUUUGACCGAUGAUAGUUGGGCCAGGAAAGGCGAUGAAGAGCGCGAUGACCUUGUGCGCUUGUUUGGCCAGGCACAGUGUGAGCGAUACCAAAAGCGCGCGUUGGGCAGCUUCUUCUGGACGUACAAGAUGGUAAGUUUGUCAGCGAGCUAACCACCACCUAUACUCUACCCCAUCCCAUCCUUUCCUUCCUACA